AUGAAUCCUUUCACCCUCGUGGAGGAUGAUGGGUUCUCGGAUCCUGUGUAUGCUGCCACCGUCGAGAGCGUUAAACAAUCCACGGGCCAGCCGCCAUGCGAGUGUGUCGAUUGCCAAAACGGGUUCUACACCGUGAAGGAACAAGAAAAACCCGGUCUGUCGUAUCGCCGCAGGCUUUCCGAUAAAGAUGCGGAGCGCAGAGUGCUCUCUGCCAUGGAGAAGAUUCGGGAUGGCAGAAGAGCAUUAACCGAACAGCUUAAUGUCUUCGCUGAUGUAUUAAUGAGCCGAUGGACAAAGCGAAGCCAAGCAAAGCGAGAAGCGUUACUGAAGGAGGCGGCUCCAGACCUCGAAGAGAGGCAAUGGCUUGUUCCGCGGUACACCUACCUACGCGAGAGGCUUUACGUGCAUGAGAGGUCGCAAAGGCGGAGACGUCAGCUCCUUUUGCCUUGGCUUAACGUGGAGGUCUUGAAGACGAAUCCUGCAGUUCUCUUUGCUUUGCUGCACUACAGGACAGCUUAUUCACCCCAGCAAUGGGCAGCAUUCGAUAGUGGACAACUCACUCUCAGUUGGGCGGCUGGGUUCUUGGACGUGGACUUCUCAGCAAAAUGUGUCGUCAUGCAUGGACAAAGAUACGGAGCGCUGGUAGACUGGGAGGAAAAGGCAGCUCAUCGAGCUGACAUCAUUGGCUUCCCCCGGGCAUCCUUGGUUCUCGAAGCGCAGGCAUACCUCAUGGAAGUUCUUAGCAACAUCGUGACGAAGAUCCUCGACGGGGUCGACAGUUCACAACCACCUCGGAUCGAUAAGUGGCGGGAUCUUGUCGGCAACGCUGCAUUCAAAGAGACAGGAGUGGUGGAGUUCUGGUCCCCAUACACAAAUCAAGCCUUCUCCGCACCGCCGGAAUUUGACAGUAAAUACUUGCUCUCGCUCGCCAAGACUCGACUAGACGCUACGGGAGAUCAUCUCUGGUGCCUGCAGUCUGAUGCCGCGUACAUGCGGCGGCAUCUGAAGAUCAUGUUUGCAACCGAAAUCUUCAAGAAAGCUUCGGAUUCCCAAAAAGGCCAGAUGCUUGUGCGACGCAUCCGCGACGAGGUGCGAAGUCAUCAUUGGUGGCGCUGGAUCGAAAUCGAGUGCAGACAUGUCGACGCGUUGCGAGACAGAUUUCGCGACAGCGUAUAUCCAGGCGCCCCUUUGCCUACCGACUACGACCGAGCUCUCGGUGCCCUGGAGCUCCUCCUUGUCAAUCAGGUUAUUUACAGAGCUAAGUGCCUAGAGCAACUCUUGCCAUACGUUCCAGGACUUCAAGAGCACUGGAGCCUUGAGCCUCCUGUAGGACGACCCAAAGUAAUCGGUUUUCUCCGCCGGAAGAAGCCUGCCAACACACAGGAGUCUCUCACCAACGACCCCCUUGAUUGGUGUCUGGUUCAGUUGCUCGCAAAGCCUGACGACCAGAGGACAUUUGAUCAUUCUAUGCUUUUCGCAAUGCUGCAGGAGCACAUGUCCAAAAACCCGUCGGAGAAAGCCAGACUGGAUGAGGUUAUCUACCAGGUGCUCUCAGACCUGGCAACCUGCCAUGAAAUGCUCAUGGCUGUCCGCUUCCAUAGACCCCAAAAUGUUCCAAGAACGGUCGAGGAGGUCAAAAGGACAGAAGACAGACCCGCAUGGAGACGACGACCUCGAUUCAGAGGUGACGUGGAAGGUCUCGGCGUCGUGCCCCAAGGCGUCGGGAUGUCACUUGUACAGAACUUCUACCUUGCGAAUGCACCCGUAGGUCCAAAAAAUUCUGCCUGGCUUGCGCAGUCUCGGCAGCUCCGCGCUACUCUGGAGAAGUUUUGGGAAUCAAUAAGAAAAUCGAUACAGGAAGACUUUCAAGGCUCGGAUUUCAACCCGCCAGAGAUCGACAGCCACCUUGAGGUGGUUUCCGCCAACCUAAGUGAACAAUAUCUGCAAGACAAACAGCGAGAGGACAAUGCAAUUCUCGCAGUUAUCCGUGAACAGGACGCGCCACAACCUGUGGCUAAUCUGUUUGACAAGGCUGAAAGCCGUCCCGCGGCCACAAUGAUUGCGCCGCCGCGCCCACAAAAGACAAAAACGAGGGGGGACGCAAGACACUCUGUCGAGAAUUUUGCGGCGGCGCACGACAGCUCUACAAACGUGCCAACGGAAACUACCGCAGUGGCCGAAGCUAACACCAUCAAAGUUGCGAAGCAGUGGUUGGAUAUCUUUCUCCUGAUGUUCCCUGAGAAAGAGGACGCUGCGAAAGAUGUCUUGUGGAACAGCUUUGUCCACGCUAUGGUAGAUGCGGGAUUCACCGCAAGGAACAACGGCGGGUCAUUUGUAUCGUUUAAAAAACUUGAUGGGCCGGGCAGGAUUGUCUUUCAUAAACCUCAUCCUGUUCCCAAAAUUGACCCUAUUAUGUUACGAGCCAUGGGUCAAAGAAUGACGAAGCGAUUUGGAUGGAGGCGAGAGCUAUUUGUUUUACGCGACGAUACCACCCAAGCUUAG